AUGGCAUUUUCUGAGCUCCUAGACCAAGUGGGUGGCCUGGGCAGGUUCCAGGUUCUCCAGAUGGUGGCCUUGGUGGUCCCUAUCAUAUGGCUCACCACUCAGAGCAUGAUGGAGAACUUCUCGGCCGCCGUGCCCAGCCACCGCUGCUGGGUACCCCUCCUGGACAACGGCACUGCCCAGGCCGGUGUCCCCGGGGCCCUGGACCCCAAGGACCUCCUGACCGUCUCCAUCCCACCGGGCCCCAACCGCGAGCCCCACCAGUGCCGCCGCUUCCGCCAACCACAGUGGCAGCUCCUGGACCCCAACGCCACGGCCGCCAACUGGAGCGAGGCCGCCACGGAGCCGUGCGUGGACGGCUGGGUCUACGACCGCAGCACCUUCACCUCCACCAUCGUGGCCAAGUGGGACCUUGUGUGUGAUUCCCACGCCCUGAAGCCCAUGGCCCAGUCCAUCUAUCUGUCGGGGAUCCUGGUGGGGGCUGCCGUGUUCGGCCAAGCUUCCGACAGGUUUGGUCGCAGGCUGGUGCUGACCUUGAACUACCUUCAGAUGGCCAUGGCAGGCACGGCAGCCGCCUUCGCCCCCAUCUUCCCCGUGUACUGCCUGUUCCGCUUCCUGGUGGCCUUUGCUGUGGCGGGCGUCAUGAUGAACACCUGCACUCUCCUGAUGGAGUGGACAUCCACGCGUGCCCGAGCCUUGGCGAUGACUUUGAACUCCCUGGGCUUCAGCUUUGGCCAAGUCCUGAUGGCCAUGGUGGCCUACGGUGUGCGUGACUGGGCCCUCCUGCAGUUGGUGGUCUCCGCCCCCUUCUUCCUCUGCUUCGUGUAUUCUUGGUGGCUGGCAGAGUCUGCACGCUGGCUCCUCAUCACCGGCAAGCUGGAGCGGGGCCUGCGGGAGCUACAGAAGGUGGCUGCCAUCAACGGGAAGAGGGCGGUGCGGGACACAUUGACUACAGAGGUCUUGGUCUCAGCCAUGCAAGAGGAGCUGAGUGCGGGCCAGGCGACUGCCAGCCCGGGUGCCCUGCUUUGCACACCCGGCUUGGGCCUCCGGACCUGUGUCUCCACUCUGUGCUGGUUCGCCUUCGGCUUCACCUUCUACGGCCUGGCCCUGGACCUGCAGACCCUGGGCAGCGACAUUUUUCUGCUCCAGGUCCUCAUUGGGGUCGUGGACAUCCCGGCCAAGAUCGGCACCCUGCUGCUGCUGAGCCGUCUGGGCCGCAGGCCCACUCAGGCGGCGUCCCUGGUGCUGGCCGGGCUCUGCAUCCUAACCAACACGCUGGUGCCCCAGGAUAUGGGGGCCCUGCGUUCAGCCCUGGCCGUGCUAGGGCUCUCGGGGCUGGGGGCCGCCUUCACCUGCGUCAGCAUCUACACUGGUGAGCUCUUCCCCACCGUGCUCAGGAUGACAGCGGUGGGCCUGGGCCAGAUGGCAGCCCGCGCAGGAGCUAUCCUGGGGCCCCUAGUCCGGCUGCUGGGUGCCUACGGCCGCUCGCUGCCCCUGCUGGUCUACGGGGCGGUGCCGGUGCUGAGCGGGCUGGCUGCGCUGCUGCUGCCGGAGACAGGGAGCCUGCCGCUGCCCGACACCAUUCAAGAUGUGCAGAACCAGGCAGUGAAGAAAGCGACACACAGACCCCCGGGGCACACGGUCCUGAAAUCCACACACUUUUAAGCUCCCAGGAAUUCUGCAAUGAAACGUUGGGAGCAGCACCCUCUCUCCUUCAGAGAAGGCAGAACGGCCAAGGCCACGAUCACCAGAGGGUCC